AUGAGUCUUUUAGAAAAACUGUCCGAAGGGUUUGAGUCGAUAAGUGAAAACGACGUUAAGGUCGAUGACUACAAGAAGGUAGAAGCCGCAGAACUAGGUGAGAACUUUAACUAUGAUAAGGAGUUCGAAGAAUUGGAGCAAAUGGCUAUCGAAGCCAAAGCCAAUAAGACGUUAAUUCAGAAAUUAAUGUCAUUAGAAUAUGAAUUGCAUUUCGAGAAUAAGAAAUACAUGGUCUAUUUAUUAGGUGGUUUUAGUGCUGCUGCUGGAUUAUUAUCGGGUGUUGAUCAGUCCAUUAUCUCAGGAGCAAGAAUUGGUAUGACGCCGGUAUUGGACUUGACUCCUACACAAGAUUCGCUUGUUUCGAGUUUGAUGCCUUUAGGGGCCAUGUUGGGUAGUAUUAUGAUGACACCAUUAAACGAAUAUUUCGGUAGAAAAAUGUCUAUUAUUAUUUCAUGUCUUUGGUAUACAGUUGGUGCUGGAUUAUGUGCUGGAUCGCAUACAUACAGUAUGAUGUACGCAGGGAGAUUCUUACUUGGUAUCGGAGUUGGUAUUGAAGGUGGUUGUGUAGGUAUUUACAUUUCAGAAUCUGUUCCAGCUAGAGUUCGUGGUAACCUUGUUUCGUUAUAUCAAUUUAAUAUUGCUCUUGGUGAAGUUCUAGGGUAUGCGAUUUCUGCUAUUUUCUAUGACGUACACGGUGGCUGGAGAUUCAUGCUUGGAUCAUCAUUGGUAUUCUCUACUGCAUUAAUGGUAGGUAUGUUUUUCUUACCAGAAUCUCCCCGUUAUUUAGUUCACAAGAAUAAAAUUGGUGAAGCAUAUGAUGUGUGGAAGAGAUUGAGAGAUAUUAGUCUUGAGGAGAAUAAAUUAGAAUUCUUAGAUAUGAGACAAGCCGCUUACCAAGAACAAGAAGCAAAGGCAACUGAAAGCAAGGCAAGAUUAUGGACAGAUUUAUUCAGAAUCCCAAGAAACCGUCGUGCAUUAGUUUAUGCUGUUAUCAUGGUUGGAUUAGGUCAAUUGACAGGGGUUAAUGCUGUCAUGUAUUAUAUGUCUACUUUGAUGGGUAAGAUCGGUUUUGACGAGAAAAAUUCUGUUUUCAUGUCCUUAGUAGGUGGUGGCUCCUUGUUGAUCGGUGCUAUUCCAGCUAUCUUAUGGAUGGAUAGAUUUGGUCGUCGUGUAUGGGGUUUGAACAUUGUGGGUUUCUUCAUCGGUUUGGUUCUUGUUGGUGUUGGCUAUACUAUUCCUCUUGAGACUAAUAAAAAUGCAGCAAUGGGUGUCUAUUUGACUGGUAUUAUCCUUUAUAUGGGUUUCUUUGGAUCAUAUGCCUGUUUGACAUGGGUUUUGCCAUCUGAAUCAUUCGAUUUGAGAACCAGAUCCCUUGGUAUGACUAUAUGUUCAACCUUUUUAUAUUUAUGGUCUUUCAUUGUGACAUAUAAUUUCGAUGGAAUGCAGAAUGCAAUGACUUAUCCCGGUUUAACCUUAGGGUUCUAUGGUGGGAUCGCAUUCGUUGGGUUUUUCUACCAAAUCUUUUUCAUGCCAGAAACGAAAGACAAGACAUUAGAAGAAAUUGAUGAUAUUUUUUCAAAGCCUACCAGAGUUAUAGUAAGAGAAAACGUUGUGGGCAUGAAGAAAUUCUGGGGUAUAAGCUAG